AUGGCCACCACUGACGAUUCAUUCGGGCCGCAGUUACCGGGUUACUUUGACUUUACUCUGCUCUUUGAACAGAGCAUGUUUUCUAUCUUGCCCUGUGGCCUAUUCCUCCUCGCAGUACUAUGCCGUCUAGCCCAGCUGCGCAGGAGGCGGAUAUCCUUUGGCUUAUGCAAGCUUCUAUGUGCUAAGCUUCUUGCAACAUUGGCUAUAUGGGUUCUGCCAUCUACAGUCAAGGCCAGGGCAUCUAUCGCUGCGGCUGUCUUAGGCCUUGUGGAAGCCACUGCCAUCUUUGCGCUCUCGUACUUUGAGCACACACGAGCCCCUAGCCAGGCUGUUCUCCUAAACAUCUAUCUCAUCGUCAGCAGCAUUUUGAACAUCGCCGCUAUCAGAACCGCCUUUAUCCGCGUGCACCAGCCGUCCUUAGCUGGCGUCCUCACAGCCGCGCUCGCCUCCCGCUUAUGUCUUCUGGCCCUCGAGGAGUGCCCUAAGGCCGCCUUGGCCACGUUAGAGCCGCAGUCGCGCGAGACGCGUGCUGGUGUCAUUAGUCGCGGUGUAUUUUGGUGGCUAAACAGUUUCCUGGCUUUCGGUUACAACUCGGUCUUGGACGUCAAUCACCUUGGACCGAUUGCCGCCAAGUUUGACUCGCAAGAUCUCCGCAGGAAGCUCGAAAGUAUUUGGAGUGAGGAUAAAAAGCUGAACAAUUGGGCACUAUUAAAAUGCACAUUCAUGGCCUACAAGGGCCAGUUCGCUGCAGGUGUCGUGCCUAGGCUACUCUAUAGCGGCUUCACGCUCUCUCAGCCGUUCCUGAUUAAUUCUGUCAUUGCCUACGUGGCGACGCCUGGUGAAAAGAAUAGAAAUGAGGGAGCAAGUCUGGUCGGCGCCACUGUCCUUCUCUAUACUGGCCUCACCAUCACUAAUUCCUGGUACCGACAUGCCACCUACCAGCUCCUCACAAUGUACCGCGGCGGACUAGUGUCUAUCGUUUUCAAAAAGACCUUGGAGUUAGAAGGUUCUAGCAUUCGCAACCUGGCUUCUAUCACGCUCAUGAGCACGGACGUCGAGGGUAUUGUAGCAAAUGGAACAACGAUCCACGAUAUUUGGGCUGCCUUUAUUGAACUCCCGAUCUCCCUGUUUAUGCUAUAUAGACAGGUUCGAAUUCCGAGUCUAUUUAUUCUUAUUCCUGCUCUCUUAACGACUAUAUGCGGUGGCAUAAUUGCCCCUACCCUGGGACCGGCCAAGGUUUUAUGGAAUGGUGCUGUUCAAGAACGAGUCAGCGAUACAUCAAAUAUGCUUAGCCAGAUCAAGGGCGUAAAGAUGAUGGGCCUAACCAAUUUUUUUCUCAAGCGACUGCAGGAGAAGAGAGCUCAUGAGCUCAGGCUAUCAGUCAAAUUUCGCUGGAUCCAGGUGUACCUCCACGGUCUCGCAACUCUAUCUAGUUCUUUGACGCCUGUCAUUGUUAUCCUCUCGGCUAUCUUUUGGACCAGGUCCAACCAGGGCCUGAGCGUGGCGGAAGCGUUUACCUCGCUCUCCAUUAUCACCAUUGCUGCCGCUCCCAUCCUUCACAUUCUAGUGUCAAUGAUGCAGCUCUUUGGUGUUGUUGGCUGCUUCACUCGUCUUCAAAAAUACCUUCUGUCCGAAGCUCAUAAGGAUCCUCGAAAUCUGAAGCACCAAUCACAAAACGUUCCACUUUCCAACUCCCAGAAUUCUACAGCUCCACAGACAACUGCGUCCCAGGACAUUGAGAUGGACUCAGUUUCCGAAACCCGGCUGCCGUCAGUACAUGCAAUCAGGUUCAGCAACGCGACUUUCCGUAUCGGUGAGAAGAAGGAUGUUCUUCGUAACAUUUCCACUGAUAUCUGCCGCGGUACCUUGUCAAUGGUUGUCGGUCGGGUUGGAUGUGGCAAGUCGUCGUUUCUCAAAGCAAUUGUUGGCGAGCUGCCAUUGGACUCUGGAACGCUAGAUUCUGAAUAUCCUCACGCCGCAUACUGCGACCAAACGCCUUGGGUGUUCAACGCUACCAUUGAAGAAAACAUCAUUGGCCAUUCUGCGUGUGACGCGCAGUGGUUCCAGACUGUCCUCCACUCUUGCUGUCUAGACGAGGAUAUCGAGUCAUUUGUCAACGGCGCACAAACCCUCGUUGGGUCAGGUGGUAUUUCUCUGAGCGGUGGGCAAAAGCAGAGGGUCGCCCUAGCCAGAUCAGCUUACAUGCGGGAACAAUUCGUCGUUCUGGAUGACGUCUUCAGCGGACUCGAUAAUAAGACGGCAAAGACUGUGUUUAAACGCCUUCUCGGCAGAGAUGGUCUCUUACGCAAUACUGGACAGACGAUUAUUCUUGCCACUAAUAAUGUCAACUUUUUGUCGGCGGCCGACUCCAUCAUCAUGCUCGAGGGUGGUUGUAUUGUGCGCAACCAGGUGCCGUACCAUGCCUUUGCUCCGUCUGAAUGGGGCGUCUUGGAGGAAACGAUCGAUGUCGCCUUUGAGACUGCUGCCACUACCACCACCGCCUCCAAUCAGAAGUCUGCGACGCCUCUUCGCCGUGCAGAGAUUAACACUGAGGAGAAUACAAGGGAAAUUGAAACAGAACUUAGCCGCCAAACUGGUGACAUUGACUGCUAUAAGAUUUAUCUCAGAUCUCUUGGUUGGUCUGUUAUCAUUGUAACAGCUAUUUUGGUCACCAUCAAUGCUGUUACGGAGAAGAUGCCAGACAUCUGGCUGCGUCUUUGGACAGAGAAAGGGACUAAUAAAAAAAAACUGAGCUAUAUGGGUGGCUAUAUUGCUUUUGCAGUCCUUAUGUCUAUCUUUGGAGUUGCUGUCAUUGCCCAUUUUCUUCUUAUUGGGAUCCCUCAAUCUGCGAACCGACUUCAUUCCCUUCUUCUCAGGAGCGUUAUGAAUGCGCCACUAUCCUUCUUCACAUCGAUAGACAAUGGUGUUACUUUAAACCGCUUCAGCCAAGACAUGACUCUGAUUAAUCAGGUUUUGCCCAUGAAUUUUAUUGGAACCGUUAUUCUAUUCGCACAGGCUAUUACCGAGACGGCUAUUAUUGCAUCCGGAGCUUCAUACGUUGGCGUCAUUAUUCCUUUCGGCCUUGUUACUGUUUAUUUCGUUCAGAGAUACUACCUACGCACAUCGCGCCAGCUCCGGUUUCUCGACAUAGAGUUCAAGUCGCCCCUUUAUACACAGUUCGCUGAGACAGUGGCUGGUCUUUUAACUAUUCGCGCAUCUGGCUGGGCUCGCGCAACGAUAGAAGAAAACUACCAGCGACUCAACAAGUCACAAAAGCCAUAUUAUACCAUGUUCUGUAUCCAACGUUGGCUACAGGUAGUGCUUGGUAUGUUUUCUGCUAGCAUGGCAGUCCUUCUUGUUUUAUUGGCUGUCUUACUUCCUAAGACCACAUCAGGCGGUGCAAUCGGACUGGCUUUUAUCAAUGUCAUCAGCUUCAACUUUACACUGUCUAGUGUUAUUGUAGUGUGGACGCAGCUAGAGACGUCUCUUGGUGCGAUUGCUCGGUUGAAAUGGUUUAACCGGUACACGCCCAACGAGAAUAGUCCUGAGGAGAUUGAAAUGCCAGCCGCAGACUGGCCAUCCCAGGGCCAGAUUGAACUUGACAAUGUUGUCGCCGCCUAUAGCGAGGAGGGCGAGGACAUUCUCCGAGGGGUGACUCUAAGCAUUGAGCCCGGGACAAAGGUUGGUGUCUGCGGCCGCUCCGGAAGCGGCAAAUCGUCUCUUAUUGCUGCUUUAUCCCGCCUGCUGGAGCUCCGCGGCAGCGGCAGCAUACGGAUCGACGGCGUAGACCUAGCUACUGUGCCGCGACAGGAUAUCCGCUCUCGGAUACUAGCGUUUCCGCAAGACGCGUUUAGUCUCCCGGGCACCGUGCGUCAUAACCUUGAUCCGGAAGAGAAGGUCGAGGCUGACGAGGUCCUCAUUCAGGCGCUCACCAAAGUGGCCAUCUGGCCAUUUCUCGAGACGCGAGGCGGCCUCGACGCCAGACUUGAGGACCUAGGCUUCUCCGCUGGCCAGUUGCAGCUAUUCUGCUUGGCGCGUUUCGCGCUACGCCGCGAGUCCAGUAGAGGCAGCAGUGGCGUGGUACUCCUGGAUGAGGCGACCAGUAGCAUUGACAGCCAAACCGACGACGAGGUGCGCGCAGCACUCCGUCCCGACAUGGAAGGCAUGACUGUCUUGGAAGUGGUACACAGACUGGAGAUUCUGCGUGACUACGACGUUGUUGUCGUGAUGGAAAGGGGACAAGUAGCGGAAACUGGCAAGCCAGAUAAGCUGCUCGCCACUCCUGGCUCCAAGUUCGAGGCACUAUGGAAUAGCAAGGUCGAGCUGGAAACAGCCGAGCCCUUCAUCGAUGAGUCUGGGUACACUCGAAACAUUGAUCCUCAUGACAUGUUUACGAGUCUGCGAGCAAAGGGUCUCAAUCACGGGCCCAUGUUCCAGAAUACAGCAAGCAUUCUCCAGGAUGGCAGGGCAAAAGAGCCGCGCUCCAUCGUCAGCAUCGGUAUCCGCGACACUUCUACAACCAAGGAUACCGCUGCCUCCCCAAGUGUGCUACACCCAACAACGCUCGACUCUGUGAUACUUUCCUCAUACGCUGCCGUUCCCAGUGCAAGCCAUUUCAGUGAUGACAGCGCCAGAGUGCCUCGUUCUAUCCGGAAGCUCUGGGUGUCAAGCCGCAUCAGCAACACUCCCGGCCACGGCUUCAAGUGCAACGUCCGGCUGCCGCAUCAUGACACUCAGAUUUACGAGGCCAAUGUGAGCGUUCUCGACCAAGAUGAUGAUGCGGCGCAGCCUGUGCUGGAAAUGGAGGGCCUUCUCUGCCAGUCCCUUGGUCUCAACGCCGCAUCUCAAGACGAGGACCGUAGCUCCAAGGAGCUGUGCGCCAGAGUGGAAUGGGUUCCUGAUGUGGCACCUUCUCUCGGACUUCCAAGCUCAUGGGAUGCCCUGGACAAGAGACUCAAUGUCUUGCGCGGCAAGCACUCACUUGCUGACAGUCGGAGCGCCGACAUCCAGACCGUUUUGCGCCGCGAUGUGGUCAACCUUUUGCCCUACCAUGUCAAGUUCUACGCGUGGAUGCAAGACACGGUUAGCCUCGCGGCAGCACGGCGCUGGAGCCCCGAUAGUGAUACAUGGAUCACUGAUGCUCUCUCGGUGCGCGGUCGCUACAUUUCUCGGGCUGCCAAAGAGACUGUCGAUGGUGAGCUGAUUUGCCAGCUUGGGCCGCACUUGGUCUCUAUGCUGCGCGGCGAGAGAGCGCCUCUCGAGCUAAUGAUGGAGGGACGGCUGCUUUACAAGUACUACGCCAACGCCUACAGACUGGAGCCGGCUUUCGAGCAGCUAAAGUCCCUCCUGGGUUCAGUCCUGCAUAUAAAUCCCCGCGCACGUAUACUCGAAAGCGGCGCCGGAACCGGAGCCGCCACGCGACACGCACUCAAGAUGCUGGGCACCGACGAGGACGGAGGACCGCAGUGUGAGAGUUGGCACUUUACCGACAUCUCAUCGGGUUUCUUUGAGGCGGCCCGCUCUGAGUUCCUCCCCUGGGCCGGCAUUCUGGAUUUUGACCGCCUCGACAUUGAGCAGAGCCCCGAGGCUCAGGGAUUCGCUCUUGAAAGCUAUGACUUGGUCGUGGCGUGCCAGGUCCUGCAUGCGACGAAGAGCAUGAACAAGACAAUGAGCAACGUCCGCAGCCUGAUGAAGCCUGGUGCCAAGUUGGUGCUCAUGGAGACGACCCAGGACCAGAUAGACCUGCAAUUCAUCUUUGGACUGCUGCCUGGCUGGUGGCUGAGCGAAGAGCCAGAGCGCCACAGCAGUCCAUCGCUGUCUAUCGGCAUGUGGGACAGGGUGCUCUUGGACACUGGCUUCACGGGUGUCGAGGUCGACCUUCGUGAUGUUGACGCCAGCGCCGACAGCGACCUUUAUGGUAUAAGUAAUAUUUUUUCCACAGCCGCCGGCCCCGCUCCUACACUUGAAUCGUCAAAUGUCCUCAUUGUAACUACUAGCGACAAGGCACUCCCACGUGCUGACUGGCUUAAGGCCCUUCGACAGUCCGUCGCCGAAGUCGCGGGCGUAACAGCUCUUCCUGAGGCUGUUUCCCUCGAAUCUUCACGCGCAUCGUACAGUACCAAGCUCUGCAUCUUUGUUGGCGAGACAGACACGCCUAUCCUCCAUUCCGUUGACAAUUCCGCAUUCGAGGGGAUCAAAACUAUGGCUCGUGACUGCAAGGGACUUCUCUGGGUCACCCGCGGCGGAGCCGUAGAGUGUGCAGAUCCAAACUCAGCUUUAGCCGCUGGUCUUGUUCGCGUUCUUCGCACUGAGUAUGCUGGUCGUCGACUUCUGACGCUUGAUAUGGAGUUCUCACUCGGGUCAGGGGACAACACCGCGUCCGAUAAUGCAGCAAUUGCGCACAUCCUCAAGUCCUGUCUCAGUGUCUCGGACUUUUCGGUCCCAGUUGACAACGAGUUCGCUCUUCGUGGCGGUCUCAUCAUGGUUCCCAUGCUGUACAAAGAUGUUGCAUGGAACGCGCUGUUGGAGCCUGAGCUAUCAGACUGGUCAGCGCCGCAGUUUAUUCCUGAAGCACCUCUCUUUCAGCCUAAAAGACCUCUUCGCCUCAAAGUCGGAAUCCCUGGUUUAUUGGAUACCCUUGCAUUUGGCGACGAUGACACUGCUAAGUCUGCCUUGGCGACCGACAUGGUAGAGAUUGAGCCUCGUGCAUAUGGCCUCAAUUUUCGCGAUGUCAUGGUCGCCAUGGGCCAGCUCCGCGAGCGUGUCAUGGGGCUGGAGUGA